GGGCGAGCCGCGCCGCUUUUCCUCUUCCUCCUCCUCUUCCUCCUUCUCCUCCGGGCCCCGCAGGCCGCGCGGGUAGCGGCCCCGCCGACAUCUUCCCUCGCCCCCCUCGCGGGGCCGGGCCGCCGAAUGACAGCCGCCCGCCGGGCCGCCCAGGGACGCGUCCACCGCUCGGGCACGGCCGGAGGGCGGCACCGGGACGCCGGCAGCGUUUCGGGGGUUCCCGGAGCCGCCCGGUCCCUCCCAAAAGCGGAGCGACGUAGGCGCCUUAAUGCACACUUUCUAGACCUUUCUUUGCUGAGCUGCGGCCAACGGCAGCUCUUUCAUAGCAAUUUCAAGUUUAGGCCCGUUUCCAGCAGGCCCUAAAAAUGCGGAAUUCAACGGAGACGUGCAUAAAGCCUGACAAUUAGGCACCAUUUCUCGGCUGCGGUGAGGGAGACAAUGCUCUAAGCUGGGAGCUAAGGAAGAGCAGGCUCGCUGUUGAUAGAGUGUGUUGAUUGGAAACAUGUUGGCAACCAAGCUGUCCCGUCCUCUCCUGAGCCUCCCUGUAAAAACCCUGACUUUCAAGAAUCCAGGGAACAAGUUCAGACCCGUGCAAAAAUUUUGCUUCCCUCUCUUGUCCUCAUGUGGCAGCCGCUCUUAUGCAAGUGAGGUUGAUCAGAUUGGCAGCAGAGCUGUGCUUAUAACAGGCUGUGACUCUGGGUUUGGAUUUGCCUUGGCCAAGCACCUACAUGCUAAAGGCUUCAUUAUCUAUGCUGGCUGCCUGCAGAAGAAUAAGGGAGAGGGUGGCUCCAAGGAGCUGGACAACAUGAACAGUGACCGAAUGAGAACUGUGCAGCUCAAUGUCUGUGACAGCAAAGAGGUGGACCGAGCAGUGGAGCAUGUGAACAGCAGCCUGGAAGACCCAGAGAAAGGGCUCUGGGGGCUGGUUAACAAUGCUGGGAUCUCCACAUUUGGGGAGGUAGAGUUCACCAGCAUGGACACCUACAUGGAAGUGGCUGAAGUGAACCUGUGGGGGACUGUGCGAACCACCAAGGCUUUCCUCCCACUCAUCCGGAGGUCAAAAGGUCGUGUAGUGAACAUCAGUAGCAUGAUGGGUCGGAUGGGCAGUCCUGCCCGGUCACCAUACUGCAUCACCAAGUUUGGUGUGGAAGCCUUCUCUGACUGCCUGCGGUACGAAAUGCAGCCCCAGGGGGUGAUGGUCAGCAUCGUGGAGCCUGGCAACUUCAUAGCUGCCACCAACCUGUACAGCCCCGAGCGCAUCAAAGCCAUAGCCGAUAAAAUGUGGGACGAGCUCCCCGAAAUCGUGCGCAAAGACUACGGCAGAAAGUACUUUGAUGAGCAGGUCAGCAAGAUGGAGACGUACUGCAACAGCGGCUCGACAGACACCUCGCCUGUCAUUGAAAGCGUCGCCCACGCGCUCACCGCCACGGCCCCCUACACUCGCUACCACCCCAUGGAUUACUACUGGUGGCUGCGCAUGCAGAUCAUGACCCACAUGCCUGCAGCCAUUUCGGAUCGGCUCUAUGUCUAUUGAGGCCUCACACUCCUAGGUUACCCCAGGGGGGCAUUUUGUUUUAAGGAGAGCAUUGUACACAAUUCCCAUUUUUUAAAUUUUUCUAACCUCAUUUCAGAGUACUGUAGCUCUAAAGGGUUCAUUUAAACAUCUGACAAAACCUACAGGGCAGUAACUUGCAAGGGAUGCUUCGUAGGCAGGAAUGUAUUAUGUUCACAGGGACGUUGUUUCUUUGCUAUUUAUUUCAUGUGAUCUUUUUAUUUUCACCUCAAAUGCUGAGAAAAAAUCAUUAUUUAAAUUGCAAUUGCUCUGAAAUGGUAUCAAAAUAAUUUCUUCUGUUGAUCAUUCACAAUCUUCAGAAUUCCUGCUUAAGACGCAGCCUUCACACCAUAUAGCAGAGGCACUCCAUGCUGUAGAGGCAAACCACUGCCUCCUGAUGACUGUGAGUAUCCAACAGGCUUUUUUAGGCCUGGUCACAGUAGCCCAAAGCAAAGCAGAGGCUUUUUUAAUUUGGGGAUCAGAACUCAAAACACAGCGUUGCAACCAAGCAACUGACCAUAUCCCUUUUUCUCUUAGAAUUAUACCAAUAAUUACUAGAGAAAGGAACCAGACUGCUUUUUUUGCGUGCUUUCUUGCAAAGCAAGGAGUUCAGUGAUCAAGGGACUCACUCUGGCAGGCCUCUCCCACAGAAGUUUCUUAAUCAUACAAGCAUUCCCAUGAGCAUGAGAAGCUUUAGUGGCAGGACUGCAGUCAUCAGGAUUGGCCCAUUGUAACAUUUCUCUUCUCUUCAACAGUAGUUGAACAUCAACUCCAGACUUCAUUUGGAGUGGAGUUUCACUCCACCUCCUGUAAUUUGAGAGGGUCACCGUUGAUCAGAGGGAAGCAAAGAGGGUUUUAGUAGCAUCAGUGAAUGCCAUUUUUGCCAGAGACCUCAGUGUGUUACAGCAAAGUAUUUCUGCAGCACCUUGCACAGAAGGGCCUUAACCCUCUUCAGGGUCUGUAGGCACCAUCGCAGUGCAAGUGCUGGCCAUUGAAGGAUUCACCAAGCCGAAGUACCUCUAACAGGAUAUAAAUCUAACAAAACGUCCAUAACAUAAGAAAAGUAACUUUUAGAGCAGUUUCAUUUCUGUGAUGGUUAUGUUUACAUAUCUGUGAAACAUUUGUUUUGUACUGAAAGGAAAGGAUAGGAGAAAGAAAAAGCCACAAAAGAGCCUUUCAUGGGGAAGUGUGGAAAGAGUUAAUUUGUUUAAGCUCAAAAGGCAAAAAACAAAGUAAUUUUAAUAACUAUUGUUAGCAAGUUGAAGAGAAGGGAUCUCGUGCUCUAGUGACAUACCAUGACAUGAUUGAACUCCUUUGGCUUAAUAAAUGUGUACAUGGAUGGUAACAGAA